AUGGGUAUCUGUAUAUCCUCUGCAUCUUCAGAGAUUCAAGAUAGCCAUGACAAUGUGGUAUACUGUGAAGAGAGUAUUACUACUAGUAAUGCAAUUCAAAGACUUGGUUCUCUUUGUUCGGAGCAAGGAAGCAAAGGGUCAAACCAGGAUGCUGCAACUCUCCACCAGGGCUAUGGAAUGGAAGGAGGAGCUUUUUGUGGAGUGUUUGAUGGGCAUGGAAUGAAUGGACACAUAGUGAGCAAGCUAGUCAGAAACCGCUUGCCGUCUUUGCUACGGAACCAAAAGAAUGCUCUCUCAAGGCUUAAUAACAAUGAGAGAGUUGAAGGUGAAACAGCGCCAAAAAAGAAUUUUUGCAAGUGGAAAGAGGCCUGUAUUAAUGCCUUUAGGGUGAUGGACAAAGAGAUCAAGCUUCUUGAAAAUUUGGACUGCUCUUGUAGUGGUACUACUGCUGUUGUUGUCAUAAGACAGGAUGAAGAUAUUGUUAUUGCUAAUCUCGGCGACUCAAGAGCAGUGCUAGGGACAAUCGCUGAGGAUGGAGUCAAGGCAGUUCAAUUAACAAUUGAUUUAAAGCCUAACUUACCAGCGGAAGCAGAUCGAAUAAGGAAGAACAAUGGCAGGGUGAUUGCACUGAAAGAGGAAUCACACAUUCAGCGAGUGUGGUUGCCCCAUGAGGAUUCCCCUGGCCUAGCCAUGUCUCGUGCUUUCGGAGACUUUCUGCUGAAAAAACAUGGCAUAAUAGCCAUCCCCGAUGUCUCUUAUCGCCGUCUAACUUCUAAAGACCAGUUUCUUGUUCUUGCCACUGAUGGGGUGUGGGAUGUGCUUGGUAACGAUGAAGUGGUGAUGAUUGUGUCAUCAGCAGAGAGUGAGGAGGCAGCAGCAAGAGCAGUGGUUUAUGCGGCUAUCGCUGCGUGGGAAGAGAAGUUUACCUCCACAAAGAGGGAUGAUUGCACUGCGGUCUGCCUCUUCUUGCAAAUGAAGGAAUAA